AUGUCAGCUGACAAGAAAAGCAGACUGCCAGGACUGUGGGACGAGACAGUAUUCAAGAGCUCAGUGGGCUAUUCAAUCAGGUACUUCAUUCUAACUAUCACUUGCAGCACCUUCGAUAUAUACCUGAAAUUGAUGGAAGGCUUGUUGAGUGACAGCAAGAUCCGACCUAUCAACCGUGAAAGGGAUGGUGCUAAAGGCGUUGAUACAGCAAUGCAGGUCAGAGAAGGAUGGAAAAUUGAGCAGUGUUUGUUUCGUCAACAGCCAAUACGCUCCCCACAAACAAAGGGUGCCAUCACUCACACGCCUUACGUAAAGGGCAUCAUGGAAGAGACAGCGGACGGCACAUGGGGUGACGGAGAGUCGGCGAAAACAUUCUGA